AUGGAGGCGAUGACUUUUAUUGACAAGAAAGAGCUGAUUGACUCAAGCGUGAUGACUUUGAACCUGCGAGCCUUUGACCCACACCUGGUCUUAAAUUCCACUCAGGAACUGGGGUGGCAACGAUCUGAUGUGACCCCUAGUGAUACUACAGUGGCCAGAGAGCCUCUAGCUGAUGAUGCAGACACUCUUGUGACAAGCAUUGAGCCUGGAGUGUUGCUCACAUUCCUGAAUGCGACCACAUACUAUCCAAUCUCCGAGUUUGAGUUGGAAUUUGCAGUUAUGCACAAUGCGAAUGGACAUUUGAUGCCAGACGAUUGCUAUCAUCCAUCGUAUGAACCAAAGGAGAGCAGCACUUCAGUACCUGAUCAUGGCCAGAGCCCCGCACAUGGCAGAAUAAGUGCCCAAGCCAUUCCAGAAGUGCAGGGAGAUUCCCAGCACUUCGUUUCAUGCGAUGUACCAAUUGCCAGCCAGAGUUCUGUGCAACUUGAACCCAAGUUCAGUGGGGAUCUUGAGAUUGAGCCCCAGGAUUGCACACUGAUGAGAAAAUGUGAUGAGAUGCAACCCAGUCCAGUCUAG